AAGGUUACUGCUCUACACCGGGCUUUCGCUAGCGCUCUGCGCCCUCGGCAUGCUGGCGGUGGCCAUCUGCUCCGACCACUGGUACGAGACUGACGCCAGGAAGCACAGGGACAGGUGCAAGGCCUUCAACACGCGCCGGGUCGACCCCGGCUUCAUUUACAACAACAACAACAACUUGCCUCUGCGCGCGAGCCGCUCGCGCCUGGACCGCUGGGAGGGCAAACUCCUCCGGGCCCGGAAUCGCCGGCAGCUGUUCGCCAUGAGCCCGGCGGACGAGUGCAGCCGGCAGUACAACUCCACCAACAUGGGCCUCUGGAGGAAGUGCCACCGGCAGGGCUUCGACCCGGAGAUCGCUGCCCUCAUCCGGAAAGGUGAAAUUGAGAGAUGCACGUAUAUCAAGUACCACUACUCCUCAGCAACCAUCCCCAGGAACCUCACAUUCAACAUCACGAAGACCAUUCGCCAGGAUGAGUGGCACGCCCUGCACCUGCGUAGAAUGACCGCUGGCUUCAUGGGCAUGGCGGUGGCCAUCAUCCUCUUCGGCUGGAUCAUCGGUGUGCUGGGCUGCUGCUGGGACCGAGGCCUUAUGCAGUAUGUGGCAGGCCUUCUCUUCCUCAUGGGAGGGACCUUCUGCAUCAUCUCACUGUGCACCUGUGUGGCUGGGAUCAACUUUGAGUUAUCACGUUACCCACGCUACCUAUAUGGACUCCCGGAUGACAUCAGCCACGGCUAUGGAUGGUCCAUGUUCUGUGCAUGGGGGGGCCUGGGCCUCACACUAAUCUCGGGAUUCUUCUGUACCUUGGCCCCCUCUGUCCAACCUGUCCCGAGGACCAACUGCCCUAAAUCCAGACCAGAGAAUGGGACAGUGUGCUAAAAAUACAAACCCAUACACACACACAUACACACACACACAUAUAUAUAUAUAAAUAUAUAUAUAAUAUACAUAUAUAAAAUGAAAUUCAAUCAAGACGAUGCCAGUGCCAAGGUAGAGUUGAGUUGGCUCAGGCACCUGCAUCUCAUCAGACUUUGUGUUGCCUCAUCUCCAAGAUGGGAAACAUGUUCCCAUCCUGUGGCUCUCAUCAGUUCUUGACUUUGGCUUCAUGAUUUCUUCAAGACAGAGUGAAAGCCACCACCUGCGGUAGCAUCUUGAUCCCUGUCGCUCAUAAGGAUGUGGCGGUGAACUGGAAGGGACAGAGGCAGUGGUCUGAAGCAACCCUGAUACAGAGAAGGAAGUGUGUCACACUCUGGGCCAGCAGGAAAGGCCGCCACCGCCCCAGUCAUCAUAUCAUGGGGAAACUCGGUCCCUCGAGUUCAUAGAAUGUAACCACAUCUCUGAGGCCAUUUUCAGAACCGCUUCUCUGCUCUUCCUGUUCCGAGCUCCUUCCCAGCCCACCAGCAACACCAAGAGUGGGAGAGAAAACAGACUGAGAGGGAAGUUUUCUCUUUGUGGCCAAACCUUUGGACAAUGGCUUAGAGGUGGGAAAGGGAAAGAGCAUCAGCUAAAGGACAUUUCUGUGGAUGCUCAGAAAACCCAGUCUUACCUUCCAGCUGCCUUACACCGGUUAAAUAAGAGGCCACCCUGUCCUCCCCUGCCUGUGCUCUCUGGGCAGAUGGAGCUUUUGAGCAAUGCUGUGAUGUGUGUGUGUGUGUGUGUGUGUGUGUGUGUGUGUGUGUGUGUGUGUGUGUGUGUGAGCGUGUGUGCACGCGUGCAUAGGUAUUGUGGUUACCUUUUUCUUUCCCACUCUUUGAAUGGAAAUAUCAUCUUAUUCUGUUCUCUCUCUCUCACUCACUAUUACUGUUUUUGACCCAUUAUGGAGGCCCCAAGAUCUGGGAAUUGUCUUGAAGGACAGGCCUUCAUGGGGGCCAAUGCAGCAGCUGCAGAUCCCUGGAGAGAGACGGAAGUGUGUGUGUAUGUGUGUGUGUGUGUGUGUGUGUGUGUGUGUGUGUGUGUGUGUGUGUCUGCGUGUGCGCGUGCGCGUGCGUGCCCAUACACACGCGUAUGGGCAUGCACAUAUGGUGGAUAUUUCCUGAGUGUGGGGGUUUAUUGUUUGCGUUGCACUUUUUCUAUUAUCUCUGGUACAGCUGAAAUUCCCAGAAGGCAAAACCAAGAACAAAACCACUGGGCCAGAGAACCCUGUGGCACUUCACAGUAUGGUUCUGGAACUCCGCAAGGUUUAGUCCACUAAUUUUGGAAGUUCAAGACACAGCUGGGCACAAAAGUCCUAAGAGAAAAGGGGGAACAUACAGUUCAGGAGAGAGAAGGAAUAUUGCCUCUGGUUACUGAUGUACAAGUACAUAUACCAAACAAGACCUUCACGCCCCAUUGUGGGGACUGUCCUUUGUCACCGGACACCUGCUCCUUCUAGGGGUGAGCCCUGUACAGAUGAAAGGAAAUGGGUCACAUGCAGAGAGAGCACCUCCAUGUCCCAUGGGCUCAAGUUUGUAUGAUAUUAUGUAAAUUAAUGGAGAACUCUCAACUCCUUCCAUUCCUGUCCCUUUCCUCUUAAUCUUCAAGGCCAUGAAUCCCAAAAUAGCUGUCUAUCUUAGUGGUUAGCACCCAAAUGGAGUUACGACAAGCUCACCCAAGCAUCUCAGGCUCACUUGACCAAAUGGGCACUGGGUGCUAGUGAGCGAAGAAAUCAGCCAGAGCUGUGAAUGCCAUAUGGCAGGAGGGGCUCACGGUUACCUUGGGGACCCUGCUGUUGCCAAGUGUUCCUGGGGAGGCAAGAAGAGAGUCCUGUGCUGGUGCAGCCAUGGUCAGCCAUGCACAGUGGGCACUCACCCACUGUAGAACAGGUCUGCUUUAGGAACUUUGCGAACCACUCAGCAGCCUUCCUCCCCCAAGUGCUGUAGCUCCCUGUUCCCAACCUUUUUUCCUACCAGACUCCUCACCUACUAACAGUUUCCCUCCCCUUCUCCAUCUGCGAGGCCACAGAGCCUCUUCGUCUCAUCUGCCCUUUGACUCUCGUGCGUGUGUGUGUGUGUGUGUGUGUGUGUGUGUGUGUGUGUGUGUGUGUGUGUGUGCUUAUAUAGAGGUAUGGAUGCAUUUCUCAAGACUCCCUCAUCAGAGCCCUGGUCAGAUCCUAAGGGAAGGUCUUAUAUGUGAAUACCCUGGCUGUAGGAGUGCCAGGCAAGCAGGGCAAGCUGGGUGUUAGGGAAUGCUGCAGGCUUCCAUCUGAGAUUCUAAGGGUUACUCUUAAGAUAAACAGUAUAUUAUUCUACGAUAGGGGAAAUAAUUUUCAGGAAAAAAACCUCAGUUUUUUUUAAUUGAGAAUUUUCUUUUUUUCAUUUCCUUUGGAAAGAUAAUUUUUUUCUCUCUCAAGGUGAAGGACACACUUGGGGCUGGAAAACAGAAGUAUCUCAGAUUGAGAGGUUUUUUUGUCUUCCUCCAGAGUACCUUGACCUGGGCAGGGACAAGCAGUUGUCCAUGAACAUCUACUUGAGGCACGGAACUUGUCUGUGAUGGAAUAUUAAUUCCGGCUGUUUUCCAGUUGCAAAAAGAUGGAGGAAGCUAAGCUAGAUGGGACAAUUUGCUAUUGAUUAUUUAAACUUUUCUUAAGUAAACUUGUUUGAACAUAGGAGUUCACAGACCUCUCAUAUAUGCCUUGUUUUUUUUAAUUCAUAUUCAUCAUAAACAGAUUAUCUGCUCUAUCCAAUUGCCCAACUCUAUGACAAACUUUUAAUAAAAUUUACUGGCUUCCUUUGAAACAUAAGCACCCUUGAAAUAUUAGACGGACUUCCAGUCAGGAAAUUCAUUGCACUCACCAUCCGCAGAACAGGACUUUAGAGUCACUUUCUCACUAUUCCAGCCAGACAGGUACAGAUACACACACACACACACACACACACACACACACACACACACACACACACGCGCGCGCGCGCGCUGGGGUCUGUACUCCUUAGCAACAAAAACAAGCCCCAAUAACCGAUCAGGACAGAAGUCUCCACACUGAUAGCAGAUAGCAAUCUCUGUCCAGGUGACCUGAUCCUCCCAUCACAGGGGAUUGACCACUGCUUAAAACAAGCCCCUCUAAGACACUUUCUGAAGCUUUCUGGCUGUGAGGUGGCUAGGGAGUGAGCGAAAGAGAAAACAGAGGAGGGGCUUUGGUGUGUGAUGUGCUCUAGUUCAGAUCCACUAACUCUGGAUCUUAGACGCCAGCUUCCUGAGGGGACUGAGAGCCAGUGGCCUCUGCAAGACCCCCAGUUCCUACCCAGGUCCAGUUCAAAUUCUUUUGGCUGCGCAUACACAAGGAACAUGAUUGGACAUGCUGAGAGCACUUUCAACAUGUGUUCCUUUGCUCUCGCCUACAUUGGAGAUUUAGGAAAGUUGGGGGUCUAGCUGGGAGGAAGUGCAAUUCCUUUUCCUUGUUGGGGAGUUAUGGCUCUUUUUCCGCUUUCUCGUGCCUACGGCCUUCCUCAUGAUCAGUUUGUGACAGUUGACUUCUUAGGGAGGAGAGAGACUUCAAACACUCCUCUCCUUAUUUCCUAUUGCUUGAGGUCUCACAGGGAUGUAUGUAUGUGGACCACUGACAUCAAAAUAUAAGAAAGAAAAUGUCUGUUUCAGCUUCAGUCACCAGACAGCCUUUAAGCAGCCUCCUUUCUCACCUCCAGGGAUCACGAAGGCAUAAUUAGAGAGCUCUACCAGAUCAAGACCUCUGGCUGCAGGUCCCUGAGUGGUGCUGGGCGACACCAUGCUGGUAUAUAUUUCCCUGAGGUGAGGGUUCUAUCCAGGUGUGUUGCUUUCCCUCCACAGGAGAGGGCACCCAGAAACUUUGCGUCUCCUUGGUUACCCAUAUACCUGGUAAGAGACCUAAUAGGAAAAUGCCACACGUGUUUUCCUGACUAUGGGAAAAUGUGCUAGUUGGGUCUCCGAAGCUAGUUGGGUCUCCACCUAGUAAAAUUCAGAAUAAACAAGUCAAACUCAGUGCUCAGAACAUUUCGCUUCAGCUGUCUUGGGCUUGGAACAUGCAUACACCGAUUUUCAAUCGUGUAGUGGAAGAAGUGGGCUUAGACCAGAUGCCCUCCCUCUGUCUUUGUUUGUGUGAACCAUCAGUUGCUUCUCCUAGUUCAAGGGAUUCUUCUGAAAAUGUCUGUGCUGCUCCUGGGCUGCUUUGCCCUAGUGUGCACAUCUAUCACUCUCCAGGGAAUUGUGAUGAGUCAGAAAAACUGAUCAUGCAUACAGUAACAGUGAAGCAUAUCUUAGCUGGACCAGCCUUGGUGCUGUCUUCUAGCUCUUAUAGACAGAGGACGGGGACAGAAUUUUUUUAGAGCAAGUCUGGCAGAGCAGAUGCAUACAAAUGAAUUCUGAUGCCUCUCAGAGUGUUGACUUCUGGGGUUAUGUUUACCAUCUUCCCACUGAUGUUUCUAUGCCACAGAAACAUUUCUUUGACAUUGUUCCUAGUCCUUAAACUGGGCUAUUACUAGCUAUUGAGCUCCCCACCCCACCCCGAGGAAUACACGCUCAUAAUAGAAAACUAGGGUGGGAAAGCGUGCAAAAGACUGAGAGACGGAUCAUAAUCCCAUCACUAUGAGGUCCCUACAGUGGGGCCAAUGAUGAUGGCCAGAACCUCAGAACCUCUUCACUGAGUGGUUGUCAUUGGGGGAAUAAAUGAGGCCAGCAGAACAUGGCAUGGCCACAGAACUGUGAUUGUCAUCAGUGAUUCUGUGUUCUUGGCAGCAACAACACAAGCCAUAGGGACAGCAAGGAGGCCUUUGAAAGCUCAGGCCAGAACUAAAGAUUACUAUUUAGGGAUUCUCUGUCCGUCUGUCUGUCUCUUUCUCUGUCUGUCUCUCUACCUAUCUAUCUACCAUCUAUCCCUCUUCUCCCUAUCUCCCUCCCUCCCUGCUCUUAUUCUUUUUUUUUUCAGGUGCCAUCUCAAUCUAAUCAUGGGUACAAGCUCACUAAUUAAGCUACACUUGUAUAACAUAGUGAUGACUGUACAUUUCAUUCUGCUCUGGACUAAAUGAUUUGUGACGCUGGGCACUGUGUCUUCUCCAUACUUGAACUUCCUCAUGUACAAAAUGAGGAUGAUGAUAACGUUUUACCUCAUGGUAUAUUAAGGGUGACAAGAAAUUGCAAAGCGAUUUGCAAACAUAAAGUGUCUAUGAAUUAUGCACUGUUCAAAUUACCCAUUAGCGGCAGCACAGCCACUCAAAUGGAGUGGUUUCACCCAGGCUCUGCCAAGACAGAUAAGGUAGAGAGAGAGGGGCCAUCUUGGUUGAGAACUGGAAUGUAGCUGUCCAACUGAAGCACGUGGGGUUCGCUCCUUCCUUCAAGCCCUCCAGAGGAAUUGACUCCUCCUUAUUUUUCAGCCAGUGCCAGACUCACUUUCUUCCCUCCAAGGCCAGUUUUACAAAGUGUGCUCUCAUUCCUGUUGCUUAUGACCAGAUGUGAUGGAACGAGGAGACCAUGUGGAGGCUAAGGGCGUAGAUGGCUAUAAGAGUUCACCUCUAAAGCAGGCAUGGAGUUACUGCUGUUUGUUUGCUUUAACAGCUCUAUGAUCAUUCCUAGCUGCGCAUGCUCAUGUUGGGAGAAAGCCAGAUUCUUCAAGCUUUUAGAGUUCUCUCAUGUUUAGGGUGAGGAUAAGUAUAAUAGAGUGAGAGCCCACUUCCUCUUGUCAGGCUGCAAAGCUAAUGACUUCAUCGGUAGCCGAUGGGUUCUGAGUGUGUAUCCAGUCGGGACAUUUCCCAGUAUGAUCUUGCUUGGAUCCUAGAUUCUAAAAGGGGGAAAAAAACAAAUUCCCCAAGAGAAUCUCCAUGCUUUUCUUCUUCCUUGCAUACACUGAUGGUCUCUACCAGAGAAUAACAAGUCCUUGCUCUGAUAUGACUAGAGACCAACCAAUAAUAAUAAGGGUAAUGGCACAUCUACAAGGGUGGCUUGUUCAGAGCCAAGAAACAGAAAACUGGGCCCCAACCUAAGACUUACCCAGCUACAGCUCAGCCUGGCAUCUCCCUGACACAUGCCAGCCUUCUGUUCUUCAUGCCGAAGGCCUGUUGUGACUCCCUAGGGAAACAAUCUCGUGUCCCCCAUUUCUCUCCCCUGCACCCCAGGCUUUUUCUUUCCUCUCUAGGUGGCCCGUAGGCCCACUCUCAUUUGUAUGUGCCAGUAUGUCUGUGUCGUGAGUGUGAUGAUGCCUUCACACAGAGAUGUCACAGAACCACUCUUGAGCCCCUUCCCUGCCCCACCCCACUGCCCACGGUGUGACUGUUUUGCUAUUCAAGACUAUCUGUAAAAAUGUACAAAUAAAAGUGAAAGCUGAAAAUAAAGGGGAGGGGUACUGCAACUACUCAAAUGCUGUAAGGGAGCCCUCAGUUUUCGGAGGGCUUGUGAGGACUUCCCUAGAAUCCUGACUCUGAUGGCACUUCCUGUCACAGGAUAAUUUUCUGGUGGUUGUUCAUGCUUGCUUGUCGCUCUCUGUUCUGAGGACAUUUGCCUUUAAAGUUAAGUUGCUUUCCCCCCCCCCAAAUAAAAGCAUAUCAUCAAAGUUAGAAGAGUGAAGGUCAUGGCUGACGUCAACCCAAAGACCAGACCUGGGGUGACAUUGGGAACUUCCUUUAUAGCUCACCUGGAACCUUGGGUGAAUCUUGUGACCUCACCAUGUAUCCAUGUCCUCUCAGCCUCACAGGGAGCAGAGUAACUUUGGGGACUCAUGGGACACCAAGUCUCCCCCAUCCAUUCUGCUGCUAUUUGUGUUCAUGCUGGCUGUUGCAAGCUGACUGAGCUGAGGCAAAUCAGGAGAUGCUUUCUCCCUGUUGCUCUUAGCUCAAGCUGAUAUCCCUCAGAAAGUAACCUCAAGCCAGCAGCCAGCCUGUGCACAGACAGAGUCCAAAGCCUUUUAUCUACCUUUCCAGUCUCAGAUGCCUUUUCCCACCCACUUUGAUGGUCUAUCUUGCUCUCUCUGCUGGCAGAACUUUGCCUCAUAGGACUGGGGUAGGAGAAAAAGCACCAAAGGAGAUGAUGUGAGGGAAUUGCUUUAGCAAUGGUGGCUUGCUCUACAAAUGUGACUUACUGCAUGUAGAAGCAGAGCCUGGCCAGGGGACACUAGGAAAUGGGAAGAAAAAAAAAAGGUGUUUUAGGGCUGGGGUAGAGGCUGUGAGUAGAACAUGUGGUUAGAUAAACUUAGAGCUUAAUGGGAACUUUGGGAUGAAGGAAUUUCUGUGCUUCCAAAAUCCCCUCAGCAGAAUGGCAGAGAAAUAUCUCGAAGGCAGUAAUCCUGGAGUGCGAGGGAUUAGGAUAGCACAGGGCAUGGAUAAUCAAUCUGGAGUACAAGUGGCUGCCAGAGAAAAGCAGUUUUUCCAGAGGGAUAAACAAAGCUGGCCUGUGCCAACUUCCCCUCCACUCAUGGUUAUAGGCACAGUCUACAACUCCCUCAUCCCUGAUGGACCUUGGUGACCCUCUUUGAGACUUGUACAGGGAAGGUGAUUUAGACCACUGUUGUCCAAUAAAAUUUGAUACAAGAUGUGUAUGCAAUUCGAAAUAUCUCACUAGUUGCAUUUUGAAGCGUUGAAAAAACAGGUGAAAUUAAUUUCGAUACAAUAUUUUAACCCAGCAUAUAUAAAAAUAUUAGCAUUUCAACAUGGCAUCAAUAGAAACGUUACUGGCCAUGGUUUAUGUUCUGGUUAUUUCAAAUGAAAUCUAAGUCCAAGGUGAAUUUUACCCGGAAGCAUCUCCAACUGGCUCAGCCACAUUUUUAGUCCUCAAAUACUGAAUCAGGCUUCUGGUAACCAACCGGCUAGGAGAACACAGCGUCAGGUCCUUUCAGAGGCCAAGCAGGAUGCCCUGGCCAGCCAGUCACUCGCUGUUGUGGAUUUCAUUGUGGGGAACAAAGGCAAAGGCUGAUUUGCUGAAUAGGAAGCAGAGCUGUCUCACCUUUGGAAGUUCUACUUUGCCUCCUCAGCAAGGGGAGAGAGCUUCUAUGAACCAAGCACAUGCCAUGUCUGCCCCAAGAGGCAUUAGUGCUAUCCCUGGACAUGGCCCUGAUGACCUGUCAGAAUCAGGAAAAGCAGGCCACGCCCUUCAGCGAUAGGAGCAUCACCUACCACCCACGCAUCCAUACCGAUGUCUCUCAUCUCAUCAGUGAUAGGCAGGCCUCCCCGUUGUUAAGAACACACAUCUCUCCUACCUCUUAACAUCUGGCAGAGUCUCCUGCUAAAAACAUCUCACCGAUACUUGGAGCUGUUUAAUUCACCCUCCAACUUCUUUGAUUUUUCUUUCCAAAUCUUGAAUGCUGACAAGGAGACAUGGGAGGAGAGCAGCAGGCAGACUGUAUCUCCUGGGAGGUGGCAGAGACAAGUUCUGUUCUUACACUAGGACUCAGGCCACUGUCUCCUACCUCUCCUUUCUGCUUAGAGAUCUUCCUUAGGUCUAAAGAAGCCUCUUCUGUGUGGGAAAUUGACAAAUAGUGAGAUCUUAUGGGGCAGAACAGAAUAAUACAAGCAAGCCCCUGGGCAUUCUCCAAUCAUUUCAAAGAGCCAGACUGAUACGGCUUGGUUCACUUAAAAUCUAACAUUCUGAGCCCUAUGCUGCCGAGCAGGAGAAAGGGAGCUGAUUUGGUGAGUACAUUUUAUCUGUGGUCAUUAGGCAGGGACCAUCGCCAGCAAAAGUCUCAAACACCUGGUGUGUUCAUGGUCCGCCAGAUUAUUGCUCAGUCAAUAUAAAUUUAUUUACCUUCACUCUAAUUUGCAUAGUGCUUUCUGAUUGGUUAGACACAGUGUGGUGUAUACUGCAGGACUCUAACAACAACUCUCCCCUUGGAGGUAGCAAUUCCUGUGGUUAUUGGUGCUAAAAUAAGAUUAAAUAUUAUGUUAAUUUGUUCUGAUAUGAUGUGAAUAAAUGUAUUGUUUAAUCUUAACAAGAAUGCUACAUCUUAUCAGAUCUAUUGUACUGUCUGUUUCUUCUCAUAAUUAAUUAAUUACAGGAGAGGUGAUCCAAACCAGAUUUCGAAAACUCUUGUGAUAUUCUAAAAGGAACUUAACAGGGAAGUGGGAGGGGGGAAUGAACGGGGAAAUUGCCAGGUUCCUGUGACUUUGAAAGGACUGAGGAAGCAGAGAGCGUUUGGGGACUUCACUGAAACUGACUGCAUCUUGCAAUUUUCUUUUUCAAAUUGGCAGAAAUAUUGUUAUUUCCAUCGACUGAAGAAAAAAAAGUGUCUGGUAAUUAAUUAAAUGACUUGUUCAUGGAAAAAAUAAAAAUAAAUAAUCUGUCAGUUGUGGAAUGUAAACUGAUUAAAUAAUUAAAUAAAGAAGACCAUGUUGUGUGUUUUAA